AUGCGCUUUGAGGCAGGCUUUGAGGCAGGCUUUGAGGCAGGCUUUGAGGCAGGCUUUGAGGCAGGCUUUGAGGCAGGCUUUGAGGCAGGCUUUGAGGCAGGCUUUGAGGCAGGCUUUGAGGCAGGCUUUGAGGCAGGCUUUGAGGCAGGCUUUGAGGCAGGCUUUGAGGCAGGCUUUGAGGCAGGCUUUGAGGCAGGCUUUGAGGCAGGCUUUGAGGCAGGCUUUGAGGCAGGCUUUGAGGCAGGCUUUGAGGCAGGCUUUGAGGCAGGCUUUGAGGCAGGCUUUGAGGCAGGCUUUGAGGCAGGCUUUGAGGCAGGCUUUGAGGCAGGCUUUGAGGCAGGCUUUGAGGCAGGCUUUGAGGCAGGCUUUGAGGCAGGCUUUGAGGCAGGCUUUGAGGCAGGCUUUGAGGCAGGCUUUGAGGCAGGCUUUGAGGCAGGCUUUGAGGCAGGCUUUGAGGCAGGCUUUGAGGCAGGCUUUGAGGCAGGCUUUGAGGCAGGCUUUGAGGCAGGCUUUGAGGCAGGCUUUGAGGCAGGCUUUGAGGCAGGCUUUGAGGCAGGCUUUGAGGCAGGCUUUGAGGCAGGCUUUGAGGCAGGCUUUGAGGCAGGCUUUGAGGCAGGCUUUGAGGCAGGCUUUGAGGCAGGCUUUGAGGCAGGCUUUGAGGCAGGCUUUGAGGCAGGCUUUGAGGCAGGCUUUGAGGCAGGCUUUGAGGCAGGCUUUGAGGCAGGCUUUGAGGCAGGCUUUGAGGCAGGCUUUGAGGCAGGCUUUGAGGCAGGCUUUGAGGCAGGCUUUGAGGCAGGCUUUGAGGCAGGCUUUGAGGCAGGCUUUGAGGCAGGCUUUGAGGCAGGCUUUGAGGCAGGCUUUGAGGCAGGCUUUGAGGCAGGCUUUGAGGCAGGCUUUGAGGCAGGCUUUGAGGCAGGCUUUGAGGCAGGCUUUGAGGCAGGCUUUGAGGCAGGCUUUGAGGCAGGCUUUGAGGCAGGCUUUGAGGCAGGCUUUGAGGCAGGCUUUGAGGCAGGCUUUGAGGCAGGCUUUGAGGCAGGCUUGAGGCAGGCUUUGAGGCAGGCUUUGAGGCAGGCUUUGAGGCAGGCUUUGAGGCAGGCUUUGAGGCAGGCUUUGAGGCAGGCUUUGAGGCAGGCUUUGAGGCAGGCUUUGAGGCAGGCUUUGAGGCAGGCUUUGAGGCAGGCUUUGAGGCAGGCUUUGAGGCAGGCUUUGAGGCAGGCUUUGAGGCAGGCUUUGAGGCAGGGCUUUGAGGCAGGCUUUGAGGCAGGCUUUGAGGCAGGCUUUGAGGCAGGCUUUGAGGCAGGCUUUGAGGCAGGCUUUGAGGCAGGCUUUGAGGCAGGCUUGAGGCAGGCUUUGAGGCAGGCUUUGAGGCAGGCUUUGAGGCAGGCUUUGAGGCAGGCUUUGAGGCAGGCUUUGAGGCAGGCUUUGAGGCAGGCUUUGAGGCAGGCUUUGAGGCAGGCUUUGAGGCAGGCUUUGAGGCAGGCUUUGAGGCAGGCUUUGAGGCAGGCUUUGAGGCAGGCUUUGAGGCAGGCUUUGAGGCAGGCUUUGAGGCCAGGCUUUGAGGCAGGCUUUGAGGCAGGCUUUGAGGCAGGCUUUGAGGCAGGCUUUGAGGCAGGCUUUGAGGCAGGCUUUGAGGCAGGCUUUGAGGCAGGCUUUGAGGCAGGCUUUGAGGCAGGCUUUGAGGCAGGCUUUGAGGCAGGCUUUGAGGCAGGCUUUGAGGCAGGCUUUGAGGCAGGCUUUGAGGCAGGCUUUGAGGCAGGCUUUGAGGCAGGCUUUGAGGCAGGCUUUGAGGCAGGCUUUGAGGCAGGCUUUGAGGCAGGCUUUGAGGCAGGCUUUGAGGCAGGCUUUGAGGCAGGCUUUGAGGCAGGCUUUGAGGCAGGCUUUGAGGCAGGCUUUGAGGCAGGCUUUGAGGCAGGCUUUGAGGCAGGCUUUGAGGCAGGCUUUGAGGCAGGCUUUGAGGCAGGCUUUGAGGCAGGCUUUGAGGCAGGCUUUGAGGCAGGCUUUGAGGCAGGCUUUGAGGCAGGCUUUGAGGCAGGCUUUGAGGCAGGCUUUGAGGCAGGCUUUGAGGCAGGCUUUGAGGCAGGCUUUGAGGCAGGCUUUGAGGCAGGCUUUGAGGCAGGCUUUGAGGCAGGCUUUGAGGCAGGCUUUGAGGCAGGCUUUGAGGCAGGCUUUGAGGCAGGCUUUGAGGCAGGCUUUGAGGCAGGCUUUGAGGCAGGCUUUGAGGCAGGCUUUGAGGCAGGCUUUGAGGCAGGCUUUGAGGCAGGCUUUGAGGCAGGCUUUGAGGCAGGCUUUGAGGCAGGCUUUGAGGCAGGCUUUGAGGCAGGCUUUGAGGCAGGCUUUGAGGCAGGCUUUGAGGCAGGCUUUGAGGCAGGCUUUGAGGCAGGCUUUGAGGCAGGCUUUGAGGCAGGCUUUGAGGCAGGCUUUGAGGCAGGCUUUGAGGCAGGCUUUGAGGCAGGCUUUGAGGCAGGCUUUGAGGCAGGCUUUGAGGCAGGCUUUGAGGCAGGCUUUGAGGCAGGCUUUGAGGCAGGCUUUGAGGCAGGCUUUGAGGCAGGCUUUGAGGCAGGCUUUGAGGCAGGCUUUGAGGCAGGCUUUGAGGCAGGCUUUGAGGCAGGCUUUGAGGCAGGCUUUGAGGCAGGCUUUGAGGCAGGCUUUGAGGCAGGCUUUGAGGCGGCUUUGAGGCAGGCUUUGAGGCAGGCUUUGAGGCAGGCUUUGAGCAGGCUUUGA